AACUUAUAAAAAUGAAAUAUUUACAAAUACAAAAAAUACAAUAUUUUCUAUUGAGUCAAUAUAAGACUUUCUGUUGCAGUCAUUUAACACAGGAAACACAAUAGAAACAAAACAAACAGGUUUUCUUUAAGUCAGAUGAUUAAAAAAAAAAGAAGAAGAAAGCAAUCAACAAAAGCAAUAGUGAAACUAGUUCCUAAAGUAGGAGGAACUUCAGGCCCUUCUGCCAGAGAUAAGAGUCUGUCUGUAUUGGUAGCCUUCCACAGUCCAAAGAAGAAGCUACUCUGGAAGCAGGUCUCUGCAGAGCAACUGAAGACAGAAGUCUGGUCUUCAAGAGACAGGUCAAGCUCUGGAAGACCUGCUUUGUCCACUCCACACCCACCAUUCCAUUGGCCACCAGAAAGAUGUUGUAGAGAAGGAGAACAGGCCACGGUGGGGGAUGAGCAGGCAGAGUGCCGACUCUGGACACUAUGGUUAAGCACCCAGAUCUACUAUCCUGAUACCAGCUCUGCUGUUUCAAUUCCAGUUCAGCGCUAUCCAUCACUAAUCAUGGCCACAGUAGAGAAUGACCAGGAGGUCCUGAUAAGCAGCAAACCAAGACCAAAUCUCCAAGAGAUGCUGAGAGAUGUGGGACUGGCAGUUGAGUACUGGUUACCAAAGCUGCAGGAACACCUGGGUGUCACCUGUGCUGAGGCCAUACAAUAUCUAGGGAAAAAAGACCUACAGAAACUGAAAACUCAGGCACAAUAUCCCUGGGAGGAAAAAGCUCUGGAAAAGCUUCUAAAACAAUCUCAUUUAAGUACACUUUCACCACUGAAGGAGUCUCCAAUGGAAAUGAUAAAGAAAGCACAGAAGAAAGCAGAGAAGUUUCUGCAGAAGCUAAGAAGUCAGCUAUCAGAAGGAAGAAAUCGAGAGGAAGAAUCAGUCAGGGAAAAUGAGGCAGAGCUAAGGCAGGCAAUGGAUAUUCCCAAGGAUUACUGGCCAUCUCCAGAAAAGUCCCUAAAAGAAGUCACAGAAAUCAUGCAGAGACAACUUAACUUCAUGGAGGACACACUGUCCCAAAGGCAAAAUCUCCCUGAUAAAGAGCUGAUUAGAUUGGCAUCUGGAGGACUAGCCCUGCAGGGAAUUUUCAAGACAAGCUCCCAAAAGAGCCUGUUAGAGAAGAGAGAGGAGCUGCUCAGAGUGCCUGAGAAAUUCUCAUUCUUUGGUCCUGAACAGGGAACACAAAUGGAAACAAAGGAAUUUACAUCUUCCCAGCAGAAAUCCAUCUUCACCAAGACAAUAGAGAAACUGGGCUUCAGUGCAAUUGCUGGGACCAAGGGUGGAGGCUGGGGAUGUAGCCUGGAAGCUGGUAUGGAUCGCAGCAAACAUUCAGAAUCUAGUGAAAUUGGACAGUCACAUGCUCAGCACUCAUACUACUGUGCCACCACAUUAUGCUACGUCCCAGUGGUCUCCUGCCACUUUCUCGCUGAUCAGCUCCAGCUCUCCAAUGCUGCUUUCCAGAAACUGAAACAAAUUGAAGAACUGAUCAGUGAGACUUCAGAUGCAGACAGUGUGAAAUACAGUAUUGAAGACUUUUUCCAAAGGUUUGGCUCUCAUGCUAACCAGGGCCCUCUGCACCUUGGAGGAAUCUACUGGUGGAAAGCCAUUUCAGAGGGAUUCCAAAGUGAGCAGCUGGAAGAAGUGAAACAGUUAUCAGCAGAAGCCUUGGAUAGUUACAUAAAGGGCAGUUACGCUGGUUUGGGGAUCAAUGUUGCAGCAGAAGUGGAUGUGUCAAACUCCCAAUCAAAAGCACAUUCUCAUAGCUUUCACUUAAGAAAUCACCAAACCAAAGUCCAACUAUCUGCAGCCCAAACAGGUGGCCCACCAGAAGCAAGUGACAUUUUGCAGUGGAAAGCUGGGCUAGUUGCCAGUAAUAAAACCUGGUGUGUCAUUGACCAGGAACUUCAGCUGGUUCCUGUUUGGGACAUCAUCCUCUCCAACCACAGAAGUGAGUUUAAGGAUCCUCUUAAAGUAGCUGACUGCCUGAAAGAUGCCUACACAGCUCUGACUGGCCUCACCGCCAUGAUACAUAGAGGAAAGGAUUUACUAAAUGCUGAUGAAGAAGCUAGAGCAUUCCUAGAAGAGGUGAAAUCCUGGCAGGUUUCUGAUCCUGGAAAACAGCUUAAUCAAAUGGUAAACUUCAUGCAAAUGUUAAGCAAGAAAAUGAAAAGUUAUCAGACUUGGAUUAACAUCUAUCUCACAGACUCACGCCUGCAGAAUUUCCUGAUAAACACUGUCAACUACUGCAAGGUGUCUCCCACUCAUAAUACUGCCUUGAUUAAGUCUCAGUUGCGCAGCCUCUUGGAUCCUCACAUCUAUGAAGUGACAAGCUUCCCAAAAGCUCGCUCCAUCCUGAAGUGGAUCUUCCACAAAGAGUCACAGCAAGAACAGCUCAACAUCUGCCAAUUUUCUGAAUUAAUAAAAAUUUUAAAGAAAAAUCAGAAUAAUAUCAUGGAUGUGAAGGCCAAAUCUGAAUCCCUAGAAAUCAUGGAGGAAGCUCAAAAAGAGGCAACAAGUGUGAUUAGCCUGGCUCUUGACUGUUUCUUGAGUCACCUCCAAGAACAAGAGCAGUCAGACAUACACUUCUUGCUACUUUCCAUUGCAGCUGCUGUGGGGUUUCAUAAGGUCUACUAUACUUUUCAGCAUCUCCUGGAGUAUCAUGAGUUAGGAUUCCUAGUGCAUGAAAUGCAAUCUGCCCAUGAUAAAUACCAGGAACUCAAAAGUAUUUGCAGCAACAGGGCACAGGCCUUCCUAGUGCUCACAAGUCUAACAGUCACUGCCGGUGUCACAGCUGUUGCUCCAGAAGAAAAAAAUGAACGCCUGGAAUUUAUAAAAAAGCACAUAGGACAGCUACUGUCCAGUGAAGUUAUGCAUGUCCUCACCUCACAUGGGAUAGGUCAUGACUGGGAAAACCUGGAGAAAGACUUGAGAUUGCUCACUGAUGGGAAUUAUGAAGUCAGUGUAUCUUCAGUGAAAAUAGAGGAGGCAGCAAAACUACUAAAAAGUAUCUUCCAUGAAAGGAAAAGGCCACAGGAGCUACAUAAUACUGAAGAAAACAAGGAUCAAGUCUUACAAAAUGGAAUCUUCCUCGGACUACUACAGUAUCUGGGCCUUGAAAGUUACUACCCAAAAAGGAUGAAGAGAAAGAACUUCCAAUUGAUAUACAAGACUUCUGUAUUCAACAGUCAGCCGAGAUCUGGACAUGAGCUUCCAUUCUAUUAUCUGCAGAAGCUGCAGAUGCUGGAUUAUAGCUUGAGAUACCUGGUUAUCAGUGAUGAUAAUAACAAAGGGAAUCAAGUCUAUCCAACCCCUUCCACUCAUGAAAAUGAAACAUUUGAUCCAUUUGAAGAUCUUUCUGAAAACAGCGACACUGACAGUGAUCUUUCAGCCUCUACACUCAGACCCCACAUUCACCCUAUGGAUAUUCAGAUGGCAAUUCUUCACUGUGCAGAUGAUUUUGCCAGGCAGUAUAUUUUGGGGAAACUGUCCAUAUGUCAGUAUGCACUCCCUCUCCUCAUUCCUAAUCCCUGUAAUUCUCAAAUUGAAUUCUCUCUCUGGUCUCUCAGGCAGGUUAGGAAAAAUUGGCAACAAGCAAGUAAGCUCUCAAAUGAGAAGUACAACUACACGAAUCAGCAGAUGUGCCGUGUCUCUGCCCCAGUGGUGUCCUUUAUUAGAGUAGGAAAUGGAUUCUCUGCUUCAAAAUCCCAGAUCAUGAAUUGUCUUCUCAGUAAACGGAAACAUGAUGUCUUUUUCCAUCGGCAUUGCAAAGGAAGCACCAGAGACUGUGUCUUAAUGGGGGGUGUCGUAGAAAUCUGCUGGUUCUGUCCUGGGGGAGAUGAGGAGGACAAAUUUGACAAAUGUGUGGCCUUCACCAAUCUUCACGGAGAUGCUAAAGUAUACAAGCAGCAACUCAACUUUCUUCUCGAGAUCUCCUCCAUCAUUGUAUUACUGAUGUCAACUUCAGGUGAUGAUAAAGAAAACCGAAAAUUUAUCCAAGAACUGAGUAAGUCAUCACCAAAGUCAAUAGUCUUCUUGAUUGAUGACAGAGAAAAAGUAGUCAAUACAGCUGAAAAAAGGGUGAGUAUUGGGAUCAGGAACAGAAAUGAGGCAGAGUUAACAGAAGAGCUCACAAUGGCAAUCAGGCGACUCCUGGAGCUCUCUGACACUACUCUCAGCUUAGAGGACUGUGCCAGGGUUGCUCGCAGUCAAGGAUUUAUUAUUGAUGAAGAUCACACAGAGUGUAAGGAAGCCAAAGAAAAGGCAGACACUCUAGUGGCACUACUUAGAGAUGUGAGUAAAUCUCAUGUGAAACAACAGGUACUGCCACUUCAGGGGCUACUAUGGCAUUCCUGGUGUAAGAAGGACAAAGAACUCUAUCAUUUGAAAGAAAAAGGAAAUAGAAGCAUUGAACAACACAAGUGUCUGAUAGAGGCAGAAAAACAACGCAUAAGAAAACAACAACUGAUAACAGCCUUUCCUCUCAAUGAUUUCAUGAGAUCUGUCCUUGAGGUUCUCCAAAACUAUGCUGAAUCUCACAACAAACACUACUUUCUGCAAUGGCUGAGUGUGUUUUUGGAUGAUCUGACUGCAAGGCACUUGGAAAAACUAAAAGAAAAGAAAAAUACUCUGUGUACACUAGUACAAACAGAAAAGAAAAAGACAUCAAAGAGCAAAAACCUGAAACUAAGGGAAAAGGAAAUAGAAGCUAUUUCCAUGGAGAUAACUGGCUGUACCUUGGGAAUUGAGCACAUUCUCAGAGAAAUUAGUCAGAUCUACGAAGGCCUGGAAGAAGCAUCCUCCAUAGAAUAUAACCUUUUACUCCACCUGCCUGAGAUUGCUGCAGAUCUGAUGAUAUCUGGGGUUCCCAUUGAGCUGAUGGAUGGGGAAGCUGCAUAUGUGCCUCUAAAGUGGGUGGCAGCUGUUUUUGACAAAGUCUCUGAGAAACUGGGGAACAAGCGACUGUUUGUUCUCUCUGUCCUGGGACUGCAGAGCUCAGGGAAGUCCACCUUGCUGAACGCCCUGUUUGGGCUGCAGUUCACUGUCAGUGCUGGCAGGUGCACCCAGGGGGCAUAUAUGCAGCUCCUCAAGGUGGAGGAGACAUUCACAGAGGAACUUGGAUUUGACUUUUUACUUGUCGUGGACACAGAAGGGCUCCGCGCCCCAGAACUCAGCAGCAAAUCCCAGAAUCGUGACAAUGAGUUGGCCACCUUUGUCAUUGGACUUGGAAACUUGACUCUCAUCAAUAUUUUUGGGGAAAACCCUUCAGAAAUGCAAGAUAUCCUACAAAUUGUUGUCCAAGCCUUUCUGAGAAUGAAGCAAGUGAAGAUAUCCCCAAGUUGUCUCUUUGUCCAUCAGAAUGUGGGGGAAGUUACAGCUAAGGAGCAAACCAUGGAAGGACGAAGGCGGCUAGAGCAGAGGUUAGAUGAAAUGGCAGCUACAGCAGCUGAACAAGAACAGUACUCAGAUAUCACACGCUUCAGUGACGUCAUUAAGUUUGAUGUCAGCACUCAAGUCUUCUACUUUGCUCACCUCUGGGAUGGUAACCCCCCAAUGGCCCCCCCCAAUCCUCGCUACAGCCACAAUAUCCAGGAACUAAAAAGUAAUAUUCUUACAACUGCCAAAGAGACAUCUAGGGGGAGCAUCAUGAAGAUAUCAGAUGUAAAACUCCGGGUUCAAGACUUGUGGAGGGCCCUGGUAAGUGAGAACUUCAUUUUCAGCUUCAGGAACACCCAAGAGGUCAUGGCCAUGAGCAAGCUAGAAACCAGGUAUAACUCCUGGACCUGGGAGCUGAGGCGUCAUGUCCUCGAUUUGCACAACCAGCAGAUCAAUGAAAUUCAAAAUGGGAAACUCACAGAAAGUACAUUUGAGUCAUCAGUUACAGAAAAGCAUGAAGCCAUUAAGAAAGAAUUUGAAAAAUACUUCAGUGAAAAUCCAGAUUAUGAAAUACUUGUUCAGUGGAAAGCAAAUUUUGAAAUGAAGCUACUAACUCUUAAAGAAGCACUUAUUUCUGACAGUCAAAGAAAAGCCAGAGAACUUAUUAGUUUUAAAAGAAGUCAAGAAAAAUUGGAGAGCAAAAAAACAGGCUAUGAAAAGGAAAUACUGAAAAGAAGUCAAGACUUGGCUUCAACUGUCAAAGGCAAAGAACUGAGUGAGGAGGAGCUAUAUAAGACAUUCAAUCAACUUUGGCAAACAUGGGUGUAUGAUGUGACCUCAGCUCUACAACCAGCUCCAGAACCAACAAUUGAUAAGGAUGCUGAGAAUGUUCUUUUGCAAUAUUUCCAAAAGGAGAAAAACAUGGCAAAUACAAUCAGGAAAUAUUCUGGAGAAAAGUUUCAAAUUAUAUAUGACAAACAUGCCAAACUGAAUAAGUACUUCUUUGAAAUUACAAAGCAAUUAGAAGCCCAGGAUAAAGAGUCCAUAAAUGUAACUACUGACCGCAUUGUUUCUAGCUUUAAUGAAACUAUUAAUAAUAUUUUGGGACAGAAGUGUGAUUAUAAUUCAAGUUAUUUCCAUGAGAUCUAUAACAUAGUAGAAAAAGAAGUGCAAUCUGCAUCCACUGGUGAUAGAUAUACAUUUACUAAUAGCUAUAAAAUUGACUUAUCUCUGAGUUUAUUUCAAAGAGCAUCAGAGAAGUUUAAGGAGAUGCACGAGGCAUUCAAGAGAGCAAAUGACCCUAAAUACUACCUGGAAAGCAAGAAAAAUUAUUUCUUCAUGAGUUUUAAGAUCUCAUGUCAAGGAGCAACAUCAGUCAAAGUGUUUAUUGACUUCCUGUGGCAGAAGCUCACCCCGGCAGUCUCUACCAUGAUAGAGGAGAAAACUGCCUCCAAUAUUGCUGGGGACAUGCGAGCAACCUGCCCUGCUUUCAAUGGAAAUAGGUCUAACCUGGAGAAACACAUUCUCAUCUCUUUGGCAGAAGAAGAAAAUUUUGAAAAUUACCAGCAGUAUAUAUUUAAUCCAAAAUCAUUUUUUAGUAAUUAUAUCAGAAACUUAAUUAGAAGAUAUUUUUCAGGAACAGGAAGUGAAAGGAUGAAAACUUUCUUAAAACUAAAUCUAGAGGACAUAAAAACUGUUCUCAGCCAUGCUAUUGAACAGUCCACAACAGAAACUAAAGAUAAAAGCUGCACUGUGUCUGGGUGGUUGGAUUUCUUCUGCAAUCACCUGGGCAGUAACCUGAUUUUCCCACGGAAAGACCUGAUAGGCAUUGAACACCAGGAGAUAAACGAUAUUGAGUUUCUUAAGAAAACCAUGUUUGAAGCUUUGGAUCCUGCAAUGGAUGAAGUAAGCCAGAACUGUUUGAGUAUAGAUACAGAGAUAACAGUUCAAAAAGUUGAGAAAAUGCUCUCUGAACAUCUCAGUGGCUGCUGGAAACAGUGUCCCUUCUGCAGAGCCAUUUGUACAAACACAAUCCCUAACCAUGAUGGAGACCACAGUGUUCCUUUCCACCGUCCAGAGGGAAUCAAUGGAAUAAAAUGGAUCGACACAGACAACUUUUCCAUUGAUUUCUGUACUUCUUCUGUAGCAAGUGACUGCUAUUUUGUUUUUGAUGAUGGCAGGAAAUUCCCAUAUAAGAACUACCGACUGGCUGGAGGAGAAUAUGCCACAUGGAGCAUCACCCCUGAUAUAUCAACCCAGCCAUACUGGAAAUGGUUUGUCUGUCACUUCAGAUCGCAGCUUGAGAAUACACAUCAUAAAAAAUUUCAAGGGAGGGGCCAAAUCCCUGAUGCGUGGAACAAAAUCACAAAGCAGGAUGCGAUUGCUGAUUUGAAAAAGCAGUAAUACGGAAUGACCACAAAGGUGUCCCGAAAGUUGAACACAAGGUUGAAAGUACUUGAACAAUUAUAAAAUAACUUCAUUCACAAUAAGUAAUCUUAUUUUUUCCAUUCCAAAUGAAACAUAAGAACAAUUCAAUUAACAUUUCACAAGGUGAAGAUUUUCUUUGAAGAGAUUCUUAUUUUUUCUUUUCCUCAAUAAAUCUGGGUCCAUACUCCCAGAGGGAUAAAGAAUAGGGAACUUAUCAAUGGAGGGGGGUGGAUAUGGAGCUCUGUGGGUGGGUAUUAUGUGGAAAUGUAUCCCUUUUAUCUUAUAGUCUUGUCAAUAUUUCCAUUUUAUAAAUAAAAUUAAUUAAGAGAAAAUAUUUUUAAAAGUCUGAGUUUGAAAAUGUACUAUCUUCAAUGAGCAAUGAUAAAACAGAUCAGAUUUGAAAUUCAAGUAAUUCAUUUAAAAUGCUCAUUUCAUAUUCAAAAGUAUCAUUCAGAAUGUUGUUUUGAUACAUGCAGUGAUCUAUAAAUUCACAGAAAAUACUGUUUUCAUAAACAAAAUAAAAAUUAUUGCAGACUUUUGCAAAUGUGCAUAAAAACCAUACAGAUUUUCAACCAAUAUACAUCUAUCUGAUGGAACUACAAAUUACCUUGUUUAUAAUAUACAUCUUCCACCCUCUCCAUAUAUGAAUAAGAGUUACUACCUAUGAAUAAAAAAAUAUUCAUACACACUCA